AUGCAAUUCCGGAAUCUCCUUGUUAUCGCUGCUUUAGCGACUAGUGUUAGUGCUGCCGGUUAUUCGUGGGCAUACUGUCAAAACAUACCUGAGGUAAGUCUUUGUCUCUCCUUCUGUUUAGAUUAUAUCGUUAAUUAUUUGUUAGGGGAGAGAUGACAGUACAGCAACGAAUGCUGUCUGUGAUGUCUUUAGGAAUCAAUUGGAUUGUAGCGAUUGUAAAAUUCAGCAGGCUCUUCUUGAUCCUGAUGGUAUUACGAAGUGUAUAAGUAGUGGAAAGAUGAUUGAUCCUAACGAGGUAAGAUUUUCUAUAUCGAGGGUAUGCGGGACGUACUUUGUAUAUUCUCACCACGAGAUCCUGCGUAAUCAACUCUACUAUAUAUGCUCUAAUAAUCCCCCGGCGUUUUGUUAUAAACAAAAGAAAACUAAUUGUAUUAUAAAAUAGUGGGUUCGCAGGUGUCAGGCUUCUACUUACGGGUCCGAUCCGGAAACUGGAGUGGGAAAUUAGUGGAAAGAGAAGAGAGGGAGAAGAAAGAGGGAGAAGAGUGCUAUAACGGCUAG